AUGUGGCGCCAACAUAGGCUAAAUAUUAAAUAAUAAAAAUAGACAUAAACGUGGUUGUUGUUUACAAACACAUACAAAUUUAAGUAGUGAUCACCGGAUGAAAAUAUUAGGCAAUCAUGCCAGUUAAAUCUAAACAUUCAUCAUUUUUUGCCAUACAAAAUCUGGAAUGGCUAGGGAACGGCGAAAUAGUAGAUAAACAACAUAAACCUCAUUUUACUAAUAAACUGAGUAAACAUUUUAGGCAAUUUGUUUUGGAUGGUGAAGUAUUCAGUAUAGGGGACUGUGUCCUGGUGUCUCGUCAAGGCAAGCUGACUAGCUCAGUGGAAAAGGAAGACUGCUACAUUGCUCAACUCAUAGAUUUGUUUGAAAAGGAUUUAGUUUAUAAUAAAAGAAGUGAAGCUCAAAAGUUAGCACAAGUGAGGUGGUACUGGCAAAGUGAGGAAGUCCCAAAGCAAUUAAGGAAAAUGUUGAAUGCUCAGAAAAUGGCAGAAAAUGAAGUGAUACUAGAUUUAAGCGACAAAUAUGAAAGAGAAAUUGACUUAGAAACUGUUGUUGGAAAAUGCAAGGUCUUACACAUAAAAGAUUCCGGCUCACCAACUCCAACCUUGAAAGAACACAACAAUAACAGUCCACACCCGGCUUUCAUUGCCAGAAGAGCCUACAAUGGAAAAUGUUUGGUCUCAAUAACUGGCAAUGAAAACGAAGGACUUUAUACCAUAAACACAGAUACACCUGAAAAUAAUGGUAAAAGGCGUCCAUCUUCAAAAAAGGACUUAAGCACACCAAAUGGAAAUUCUCAUACUGAAACCGACAAUCUAGUCAUAAAACCAUCAACUCCAAAGAUCAAAUUAUCUCGGUUAAAAAAUGCAGAUUCUCCAGCUGCUCAUACUAAAGAUGCAUGGAUGCUCAGCACAAAGUGUCCAGCUAAGAGAAUGUCUAUCAAAGAAACUGUUGAGCAGCUGUACAAGACAUCUCCUCCCAAAUGUUCAGAGACCAGCAAGAGUCCCAGUGUUAUAAAAUCUCCCAUCAGCAUGAUGGCCAGACUUAAUCAAAAGAACGUCAUCGACAUGUUAAAUCAUGACAGUGACACUGACGACAACUCGUCAGUCAGCUCUGAUGACACUAAAUUCAAAUUAAACAGCGUGACUAAAGCUGAGUCAGCUGCUAGUCCACGAGCUAAGAGAGACUCGAACACACCCUCCAAACGCUACAGGGAGAUAGACAGCGAUGGAGAUGUCAACAUGGAAGAGUGCGCCACCAAAAAGUUGAAGAUGGAAAUUCUGGGAGGGUACGGGGAGGAGUCGCCCAGCCGUAAGCAUGUUGCCAGGGUUAUUCUACAACGGCUCCCGAGCGCUGAUUAUAAAAUAACACCCAAGAAAGACAGCAAGCCUGAGCCUGGGGAAGAUGAUAUUGUCCACCAAGUGGCCAGAUUGGGUUUACUCAAGUCUAAAAAUAUCAACUCCCCGACUGUGAACAUUAAAAAUUCUCCAUCAGUCACGCGCCUGGUUGGCUCGCCUUACAGAAGGAAAUCAAUCUUUGAGGUGCUGGACUCUGAAGACCUGACAAAAACUCCACUUGCUAGGCGUAAAGGAUCCGACAAAACUCCAGACAGCCUUGAAGCAGGUAGGCGUCGCUUGUCUGUUAAUUUGUUUGGGAGUAGCUCUUCUAUGUUUGAAAACAGUUUAGAGCUAACUACGGCAGCAAAGACGCCAUCAAGGCCAAAGUUAAAGAAUAAAAGUCAUCUCUCUGAUGAAGACGAGCAGCAGGAAGAUGUGUUCAGUGCAACUGUACCAAAAAAAACAGCCGAGGCUGGUCCCCAGAGUGUCAGUCGUCGUGGCAGACCCAUCAGCACGCCUAAGAAGUUCUUGCCAGAUGAGCACCACACUCCAAAGAAGAAGACGACAAACCAGGAAAACACAACACCCGUAAGGAUUAAAAUUAACAAGAAUCCCACGCCUGGAAAAUCUGGCACCCCUAAAUUCACACUAGUCAAAACCCCACCUCGUCAAGCCAGCAGGUUGCUGAAGGACACUGUUGAAAGUCCUGGUAGGACCCCAACUCGUCGAGCCAGCAUCUUGCUGAAGGACACUGUUGAAAGUCCCGCUAGGACCCCAUCUCGUCCAGCCAACAGGUUGCUCAAGGACUCAGUGGCCAGUCCUAGAACCACGCCUCGGAGGGCUGCAGCUCUAAGGAGGAUAUCUUAUGCAGACUUGAGCCAAUCAGACGAAGAGCAGCCAUUCACACCUUCUUCCCGGUCAGCCAAAGCUAAACAGGGCGCUCAGACUCCCAUUAGGGUUGUCAUCAAGAAAAGUUCCUACCAGGAAUUCUCUCUUGAUGACAGUGAUGCGGAUGAGGAUUAUAAAGGUGAUAAAGAUGACAGCAGUGAAGACGAAGACAGCGACUUUGAAGCAGGGAACAAAAAAUCCACUAAGAGACAAGAGAAACCCAAGAAGAUCAACACGCCAGCCAGGACACCACGGUUUUCAAGGAAUUUACUCUCGAAGGCUACGCCUAAUCUGCCAUCCCGAAGUGGACCCAAGGCAACAUACAGUAAUGACCUAGAGGAGGCUAGGGCUAGGUUGCAUGUAUCUGCUGUCCCAGAGUCUCUGCCCUGUAGAGAACAAGAAUUUUCUGAUGUGUUUGGUUUUGUGGAGGGGAAAAUCCUUGAUGGUACAGGAGGGUGCAUGUACAUCUCAGGUGUACCUGGCACAGGUAAGACAGCCACUGUCAAGGAGGUGAUUAAAAUCCUCGAGGCACAGAGAGAUGAGGGCAAUCUCCCAGACUUUAAGUUUAUAGAAAUAAAUGGCAUGAGGCUGACCGAACCCAGACAGGCAUAUGUGGAGAUUCUGAAAGCAUUGAAUGGCGCCAAAGCAACAGCCGAGCACGCUGUGAAUAUCCUGAACAAAAUGUUUACGUCACCCGGCCCUCGCUCUGAUCCUGUGGUUUUAUUGGUUGAUGAGCUAGACUUAUUGUGGACCAAGAAACAAGAUGUAAUGUACAACAUUUUUGAUUGGCCAACUAAAGAGAGGGUUAAACUAAUAGUUUUGGCUGUAGCAAACACAAUGGACUUGCCAGAAAGGAUGAUGAUGAAAAGAGUUGCCAGUCGUUUGGGCCUGACCAGGAUGACCUUCCAACCCUACACCUUCAGACAGCUGGAGGAGAUUGUGGCCUCCCGCAUGAAAGGUCUCAAGGUCUUUGAUAACGAUGCUGUACAGCUUGCUGCCAGAAAGGUGGCUGCAGUGUCAGGGGAUGCUCGUAGAGCGCUGGACAUCUGCCGCAGGUCAACAGAAAUAGCUGAAGCCAGAGCAGCAGACAGCCAGGGCGGGGUGAUGGUGGGGAUGUCUGACAUCAACACGGCCGUGGAGGAAAUGUUUUGUUCACCCAAGUUCAUGGCCAUCAGGAACUUGUCCAUGCAGGAGCAGCUGUUUCUGAGGGCAGUAGUGGCAGAGUUCCAGAGGACUGGCAUUGAGGAGGCGGAGUUCUACAAGCUGUAUGACCAGCACCAGACUCUCUGCAGGUUUGAAGGUGUCCACGCCCCCACCAUGACGGAGCUCUCCGCCCUCUGUUACAGGCUGGGCAGCAUCCGCCUCCUGCUGGUGGAGCCCGGGAGGCUGGACCUCAGCAUGAGGGUCAGGCUCAACGUCAGCCAGGACGACAUCAUGUACGCCCUCAGGACUGACACGUCACUGACAGAUUGAACUGACAGUUGCGUGACUGUCAGGCUCAACGUCAGCCAGGACGACAUCAUGUACGCCUUGAGGACUGACACGUCACUGACAGAUUGAACUGACAGUUGCUUGAGUCGGACCUAUUCAUAAGUCAGGUCAUCAGUCAUGUUUUGUGUUAUAAAGUCAAAUGAAAUUCUUGAAGAACCUUCAGAUUCUUGUACAGAUGUUCUUGCAUGUUAUAUCCUUAUUCUCGUAUAGAAAUGUUCUUGUAAAUUGAUAGUCAGCAUAUUAAAUGACACAUUAACCUAAUGAUAAAAAUGUUACCAUAACAAUUGUUAAGGUUUCCUAAUGUCUUUCUCCACAAUUGUUCCAUUAUCUGUGUUAUUUAUUCCCUUCCAAAAUUGUUGAGUUUGUUUACACAUUUCUGAGAUUGAAUAUUUCUGAGAUGUGAAUAUUUCAGCCCCAUUUCCCAUUGUUGACUUUUGUACAUGACCCAGUGUAUACCAGGCAGUGGUAGUGGCAGAGGUCUUGCCAGUUUGUCUGUCAGAAUACUUGCCAGUUUGUCUGUCAGAAUACUUGCCAGUUUGUCUGUCAGAGGUCUUGCCAGUUUGUCUGUCAGAAUACUUGCCAGUUUGUCAGAGGUCUUGCCAGUUUGUCAGAGGUCUUGCCAGUUUGUCUGUCAGAGGUCUUGCCAGUUUGUCUGUCAGAGGUCUUGCCAGUUAGUCUGUCAGGGGUCUUGAAAGUAUGUCUGUUAGAGGUCUUGCCAGUUUGUCUGUCAGAGGUCUUGUCAGUUUGUCUGUCAGAGGUCUUGCCAGUUUGUCUGUCAGAGGUCUUGCCAGUUUGUCUGUUAGAGGUCUUGCCAGUUUGUCUGUCAGAGGUCUUGCCAGUUUGUCUGUCAGAGGUCUUGCCAGUUUGUCUGUCAGAGGUCUUGCCAGUUUGUCUGUCAGGGGUCUUGCCAGUUUGUCUGUCAGGGGUCUUGCCAGUUUGUCUGUUAGAGGUCUUGCCAGUUUGUCAGAAAACUUGCCAGUUUGUCUGCUGUGUGAAAUCUUUUUGUCAGUUUCUUCUUAAAGAUUGUGUAAGUUUAUCAUCCGUGUGAAAGAUCUGUGCGAUUUGUAGAUUAAAAUAGUUGUGCAUUCCACUGUAAUCAGCUCAAAUUAGGAACAUUUUAAUGAAGUCAAUGACUGUCUCAUUGUGUGAUUGUCUUGAUUCAGUUUGUAUUUCUUACUUGGGUCAAUUGUUUUUCUAUUAAUAACUUUAGGAGUUGAUGUCACGUGUUAAAAUUUAAACAUG